CCAGAUGUACCGCUCGUCUGUACCCGGCAGAGCCACCCUGUUAUUUGCUCUGCACAAUCGCAGGCAGAGCUGUCGAUCAGGCAGCUCAGAGUAGGCUGGUGUUUAGUGCGAAUCGUCAACGUUGCUAGGGCCGUCUCCAAGGACUCCAGCAGACCAGAAACGUGCACAAAACAUUGGACUGUUUACAAUAUCUGUAAGUUUUCAGUCGUAACAAAAUCUAAUUUUCACAUUUUUACUUUGUGAAAGAUUGAUAAGCAUUUUUUAAAAUAACAUUCAAUUGUUAUUGGAACAGGACAUGUGAUGAAGGUGUGUUGAUGUCACUUACAACAUGCCAGAACAUUCAAAACUCCUUAGGAGGCCCUUGCCACCUAAGAUCCUGCCACCUCUGCAGCCUUCUCCAGAACCUACAGCAAAUUCAUCUCUGGAUUCACUAUUUGGACCUUCUGCACCAGCACCAAGCGCAAUUCCAAAAUCUGGCAAUAGGGCAAGCCACCAGCUUUACAACCGACACGAUAAGGCGCUCCACAGUCCGAGGAUGAUUUUUUUUUUUAAGCCCUUGGGCCCUGGCGGGUUUCCCUCCCGACCUCCUCCAAAUCCUCCCAGGGUUCAUCUUCUGCACCUUCUUUGGGAUGAGCCUCGCUUCCAGUCUCUUCCUGAGUUUACGCUGGAUGAUUUUUUGUUAGACGCGACAUCCUGCCCAAUGUUUAAAAAGAAGGAUCUAAAAGAGGUUAUACAUUUGCGCCAAACCUACAAAAAGCUGAUAGAGAAGGGUGAGCUCCAUAAGGGCAAUCAGUCUAAAAUAAACACACAAGUAAUGUCCAGCAAAUCCAUCCCUGUAGCUUCAUCAAGAAUCCCUCAAAGACAGAUGGUCUAUGAGUUGACUGCUUUGAUGAGAGAGAAAAUGCAUGAGAACAAUGCUGAGGAAGAGGAGAGCUCAGCUUUCCAUAGUAAAAGACAGGCAUCUGACAGACAAAAUGCUGUAACUAAAAGUGUACUGAAUGAUAACAGUGUCCUGAAUGAUGAGAAGUGUGGGAUCAUUACUCCGGCAGAGCUAGCAAUACUAGACAGCCUGGUGCAAGGAGGGCUUUUACUUAAUCUUAAGGCUCAUUUUCUAUCUCAAGUUCCUGAUCUGACACCAUUAGCUAACAGCUUGCUCUACCUCAACCUUUCCUUUAACAAUUUAAACAGCUUGCCUGUGGAGGUGUUUAAUCUCCAGCACUUAGAAGUGUUGAAACUAAGAGACAACCCCAUUAAAGAGAUUCCUGAAGGGAUUCACAAGCUCAAGAAGCUGAGAACAUUCGUCAUUUCUUUCUGUUUGAUUUCAUCCCUUCCUCUUGGGUUGUUUCUUUUACCAUGCCUGCAGUUGCUGGAUGUCUCUUACAACAAGAUUACUUUUAUCCCCAAUGACAUUAGGAACCUCAGAGCGCUGGAGUGUCUAAAUGUGGAGGGGAACGAGUUGUGUGCUCUACCCUGUGGAGCUCUGAGUCUUCCUAUUAGGCAGCUGCGUAUUUCGAAUAACUAUAUGCAUGCCCUUUUCUGGGAGGAAAACAGCCAGAACCAGCCACAAAGACUCCUCCACCUGGCAGCCCUCACCUUUGCACAGAAUAACCUUGGCCAGUAUUACAGAGAUCUCCCUAGUGAUAUCCAGCAAGUUCUGAAUAACGUCAAUGUGUGUGACUGCUGCAAAGGGACACUUUAUGGUUCAGGACUGCGGAUUAUCCGUCCUUGUGAGAAGAUAUUUGGAAUAAAUAAUCUGCCCUUCAUGUUCUAUUCUUGCUCUCCAUCCUGCUACAAGAACUUUAGGACUCAGACUGACAACUUGUAUGACAUUCUCUAUGGAGGGCCAUCUUCAUAAAACACAGCAACAAUAGUGCAACGCUUUAGACAGUGUCAGUGAGUAAUAGAAAAGACUACACAAUAUGUAAAUGAUUCUACAGUAUAUGCAAUACCUACAAAACACUUCAGAAGAUAAUCAGGUUCAAGUAACUUGGAGGUAAUCCGGGUGACGAGAUUUUUACAGACUGGUUUCGUGGUGCAUAUGGAAACGUGACAUGAUCAGUUCAAUCAAGAAAUACAGCAUCUGCAUCUGCUUUGUUUCUCAGUUGUGUGGCAACAUUCAGUCUACCUUUCCUGAAGCACUAUACAUUUAAAGUGAACAGCUUCUCAAAUAAACAGACUUUGUUUACAAUG